AUGGUGUAUUAUCACUCAUCACACAACAGACGACACCAGCAGCGUUUGCUGGUUCUUAGCCUUGCAUUGUCGGCGGCAGGUGCUUUUGCACCCAACACAAUCCAACCAAGAGCCCGAAAUCUUUUGACUCUGCGGCAUGUGGGCAACAAGUGGCAGAUCCCAUUCAUGACGGAAGCAGAACUGGAACAGACACAAGAAAGCAAGACCAUGAUUCAAGCGUCGGAUUUUGAGACACCAGGAACGAGUGGUAGUAGCGACAGCCCCUUUGCGUUUUUCUUUCCACAAGAUACCACCGAGGGAACGAAUCAGUCCAUGGGAAACUUGGUCGACCGCCUAGACGACAACAACAACAGCAAGGCCAUAACCGACAAUCUCGUGCCCAUCGUGACGGCAUUGGCAGCGUUGGCUGUAGGAGCCGGCAUGACUGGAAUUCUCCCCGCCGCGGAUAUCUCGGAUGCCGUGGGACAAUUUUUUCAAGAUCCGACCGCUGCCUUGGAACAGGUCACGGAUUUGGUGGCGGGCAUGGGCCCUGCCGGCCCCUUGUAUUUUGGACUCAUGUACACCAUUGCCGAAGUACUGGCCAUUCCGGCAAUCCCACUCACGGCGUCGGCAGGAUACCUCUUUGGAGUCUCCACCGGAACAUUGGUGGUGCUCGUCAGUGCCAGCAUUGCCGCGUCGAUUAGUUUUGUCAUUGGCCGGACACUGCUGCGUACCACGGUGGAACAAUGGAUGCAAGAGACACCCAAAUUUGCCAAAAUGGACAAGGCCAUUGGAAAGGAAGGAUUCAAAUUGAUGCUCUUGUUGAGAUUAUCACCACUCUUCCCCUUUGCCCUUUCCAACUACCUGUAUGGUGCCACCAGUAUUGAUUUUGCCUCCUUCUUUUGGGGGACACUGCUGGGAUUUGCACCGGGCACAUUGGCGUACGUUUACACGGGCGUCGUUGGAAAGGCAUUGACCGUUGGAGGUGACGGCGUACAACCCUGGUACGUUUAUGCGGGAGGAGCAGUCCUGUUGGGGGGGCUCGUGAAACUGUUGGUCGAUGUUGCCAGCAAUAUCGUGGCAGAAAUUGAGGAAGACAACAACGACGCAUGA